UCCUCCCAAAAGCAUUAUGUUUAACUGCUUCUCUUUUAUUAACAGCUGAUAUCAUCUCAACCGUUGAGUUUAACUACUCUGGAGAUCUUCUUGCAACCGGAGACAAGGGUGGCAGAGUGGUCAUUUUUCAGCGGGAACAAGAGAAUAAAAGCCGUCCUCAUUCUAGGGGAGAAUAUAAUGUUUACAGUACCUUUCAAAGUCAUGAACCAGAGUUUGACUAUUUGAAAAGUCUAGAAAUUGAGGAAAAAAUUAAUAAAAUUAGGUGGUUGCCACAACAGAAUGCUGCACAUUUUCUACUCUCUACAAAUGAUAAAACUAUUAAAUUAUGGAAAAUAAGUGAACGGGAUAAAAGAGCAGAAGGUUAUAACUUGAAAGAUGAAGACGGACGGCUCCGAGACCCAUUUAGAAUUACUGCACUACGGGUUCCGAUAUUGAAGCCCAUGGACCUUAUGGUAGAAGCAAGUCCACGACGAAUUUUUGCCAAUGCUCACACGUAUCAUAUCAAUUCCAUUUCAGUAAAUAGUGAUCAUGAAACAUAUCUGUCUGCAGAUGACCUGCGAAUUAACCUAUGGCAUUUAGAAAUCACAGAUAGAAGUUUUAACAUUGUGGACAUCAAACCCGCCAACAUGGAGGAGCUGACCGAGGUCAUCACCGCAGCUGAGCUCCACCCACACCAAUGCAACGUGUUCGUCUACAGCAGCAGCAAAGGGACCAUCCGGCUGUGUGACAUGCGCUCCUCUGCCCUGUGUGACCGGCACUCCAAGUUUUUUGAAGAGCCCGAAGACCCCAGCAGUAGGUCCUUCUUCUCAGAAAUAAUUUCAUCUAUAUCCGACGUCAAGUUCAGCCACAGCGGUCGGUACAUGAUGACCAGAGACUACCUGUCGGUGAAGGUGUGGGACCUCAACAUGGAGAGCAGGCCUGUGGAGACCCACCAGGUGCAUGAGUACCUGCGCAGCAAGCUCUGCUCCCUCUACGAGAACGACUGCAUCUUUGACAAGUUCGAGUGCUGCUGGGACGGGUCGGACAGCGCGAUCAUGACGGGCUCCUACAACAACUUCUUUCGGAUGUUUGAUAGAAACUCUCGGAGGGAUGUUACCCUGGAAGCUUCGAGAGAGAACAGCAAACCGCGAAGCAGCCUGAAGCCCCGGAAGGUGUGCGCGGGAGGGAAGAGGAAGAAGGACGAGAUCAGUGUGGACAGUCUGGACUUCAACAAGAAGAUCCUCCACACGGCCUGGCACCCCACGGACAACAUCAUUGCUGUAGCUGCCACCAAUAACUUGUAUAUAUUCCAGGACAAAAUCAACUAACCAUGCCGACCACAGGACCCAGCCUUGUGCAAGGUGAAGGCCGUCAUCCUGUGAGAGAAGAGGCGGCGGCGGCCUCUCCACUAAGAACAGUGAGCGCUCCCCGCCGCCCUUCACAAACACGAGAGAGCGGCGGCCUCCGCUGUGCUCUUCCACCGAGAGCCUCUGCUGCAGUCCUGGCCCAGAGAGCGAUCGGUGCUGCUGCUCAAGGGAAAACCCACUCAAAGAACUGGUGGACAUUGCUCGGUAAUGGCCGUUAUUCACACAAAAUAAAUGUAUUUAUUUAAGUC